CGUAAUAUCAGCACCUUCUGUUGAUAUAUUCAAAACGAGAUUGAGCCUCAACAUUAUUACGAACUUCAAGGAUUAAUAUAGGUCGAUAGACCUCCUGUUCUUAUUUCUGAAGACUGAAAAUUUGUUUAUUGAUAACGGAUGUAGAAACACUGAACGGCCUUUUCGUGCGGAAUUUUGGGAUGUUAGGAUGAACGUUGGUGCAGAUUUCCCUUCCGCUGAGUCUGUGGAUUUCUCUUGUAAGUUUAAGCUUAAUUUUAAUGCCUCAAGAUAUCGUAUUCCGGAUAUUUUUAUGGGCCGCAACUUCCAACAUAUUCAUCCACGUAGUUGCUUCUCUUGUAGCAUUUUACAAUUUGAAGGCACAUAAAUCCUCUAGGAUAUGUGCUCCUAUCUUCAUACUUGUCAUGGGGGUUUUAAACACGAUAUCAUUCAUGUUAAUUACAAGUAUUGUGGUUGCGGGUGUGUAUAAGGCUACGGGGAUCACAUUCAACGAGAUACAUGCUGUGGCGUCCGGAGUUGCUCAGACACUUUUAUUGUUUCUUUUCUCUGCUACGCGCAUUCCAUCCACGCUAUAGUUGCGAAUACUGAAGUUUUGAACUCGUGUUUCGUUUUAUACGGACGAAUCCGCUAACCACUCUUACUAUUAUAUUCUGGUCUAAAUAAAUUCUUUUCUACAUUUUUUGGAUUUUCGUAAUUGUAUAACGCUUAGAGUUUGACGCUAGUGUAGUGCGGCAUUAUAGGCGUUAUAAUUAUAAUAUGCAGCUGAAAUUAGUAAUCCUAUAUCAUAAACUGCUACCCACCCACUUAAGCCUAUUUCCCUUGAUCACCUAGUUGAAGUCCGCGUGAUCUUCGUAACCAAUGCUUAAAACUUCGAAUGACGUUGCUCUAGAUCGUUUUCAACAGAAAAAAUGUAUCUGUCCAUUGUUUUCUGCAAGAUUUUAGGCAUCUGAAUUCCCCACACAUUUUCAUGCGUUUUUUCCACUAAUUUGUAUUUUCAUGCAUCGUAUCUUCGAUGUGUAAUUUUUUCAAACAGCAUUCAUACUGUUACUGACUCUGCCACUCUGGAAUUCGCCCUAACACUGCUAAUAGAGUAUGGUAACUCGAGUCGAUGUACACAAGUACCAGGUUCCACGUUUCAACCGACCGACCAGUGAUUUCUAAUUAACUCUUCUCAGUUCUUUAUUUCAGUUGUUGCUAACUGCUACUCAUCAUUUUGACGUCUAUAUCCGAUCCCCAGGACCUUGUUUUCUUUUGUCUGUCAUAUCGUUUUCUCUUGAAGACUCAGUCAGUACUUGCUCUGUAAUGCAGUCUAAUGGUCUAGGUAGAGUGUGUACUAUCCACCUUCAGCGCCUCUUAAUUUUCUCAUCUGGAAACUAGUUUGUUCUCUGCUGCAGUAGAUUAUUGCUGAUGGUGUCCGAUCCAUGAACCUGGAGUAUCUUGCAUGGAGAGCUGUUCACAAACACCUGUUUUUCUGGUGAGAGUUGUCCAAAACCCGAGAAAGAUAGACUCGCGAGGAGCAGGCGGGCUUUCGUUCUGGUCGAGGAUGUAUUGAUCACAUCUUCACUCUCCGCUAAAUGUUUGAACACCGUCAUACUUAUCACAAGCCAACAGUCAUAAUGUUUCUCGACAUUAGGACUUCCUUCGACUCGUUGGACAGGACUGUUCUCUGGGAUUGUCUAUUGGGCACCCGGGCAGUAUCACAGCCCUCACACACAUCGAAUGGGAUUUGUGUGGCGCAUAUGUAUUUGGUGCCUCCUUGUACCAAUGUCUGUGUGUUAAAAUAAAUAAAUCAAUUGAAGAAGAGUGUACCUGAGAAGUUUAUUAACAUCCUAAAAGCCCUAUAUACAAACACCUCAGGUAGGGUGAGGGCAUACAACCAUCUCUUUCCAUUGUUUCAUUUAGCAAGUGGGGUUAGACAGGGUUGCCCAACCUCACCAUUCCUCUCCAACUUUGCUAUCGAUGAUGUUCUGAAAACAGCUCUGAUGGAUGUAAGUAAUUGAGAGCCAGGGUGGUUUAUGCUAAUCUGGUCCAUCUUCGUAACCUUCGUGAUGUUACUUUGGUUGUAAAAGGUUGGAUCUACAACGCGUUUGCGGGAUAAGUCUUGCUCUGUGCUUGCGGAACCUGGCCUCUCCGAGUUGAGGAUAUCAUUCACAACUCCCUGGUUGGGGCCCUAGAAAUGGUGCAACACAGUGGCUAGAGACGUUAUCAGACAUGGCUCAGAAUAGGAGCCAGUGGCGAUCCUACUGUAACUUUGUUUUACUUUAUAAAAAAGUGAACGUAACUUCUUUAACAGGAAGGAUUAUCUUUGGCUGUACUUUUGCUAGUUGAACUGCCCCUUUCAUUAUUAUUAUUUCACCCUCAUACACUUAUGUUCGUUUUUGUUCUACUUUGUAUUCUCUAUCUCUUCAUGUUCUCUUUGUUGUUGUGUGGUGCUUAUUUAUUUGGUGACCCCUUGUACCAAUAUUUAUGUGUUCAAAUAAAUGAGUCCUCCAAGUCUCAGCUUCCCAAAAAUGAAUUUUUACGUCGGUAUUCAAAAUUGUGACUUUGAUAUUGGUUGACAGAUAAUUGUUUUAAGUUCCAUAUGUUCGUCAAAUGUGGGAACGCUGCCGUUGCUUUAAAAAUCCUUACCUUUGCGUCUGCAUCAGAUCCUCCUCGUUCGUCGACGAUGAUGCUGUCUAGAUAUUGAAUACGAGAGUAAUUAUAUCAAUAAUUCAGACAAAUCACCAAUGAUACCUUUUAUGAAUUAUCAGCGUUUGUUUGUUGGUCUACUACCUUCGUCGUAUUUAAGAUCUAGCUAUCAUCGAAUGCUAAGAAGAGUUAUCUAUUUGUGCAUCGGUAUCACACUUCUAUUAUUUUUAUGUAGGCUACUUCAAUGUAAUCAUGACAAUAAAUUUACAGGUCGUGUAUCUAUAUCCCCGGACCCUUGGAGUAAAACACGUUUUACACAUAUAAGUGAUAACGGUAAUAUUAAUUAUCAUCAUAGUAAUAAUAAAAUUAAACAACAAAUAGCAGGAGUAGCAACGACCAAAACCAACUAUGUAUAUGGUGUUGUGUUCGACGCUGGAAGCACUGGAAGCCGUGUUCACAUAUUCAAACUAGUUCAUAAUCCCUUAGAUCCUUUCAAACCGUUUAAACUAUUGGAUGAUAAAUAUCAUCAUGUUCAACCUGGUUUAUCUUCAUAUGCGGAAAAACCAGAGGAGGCAGCAUUAAGUUUAACGAAAUUAAUUAAUAUUGCUGAAACUAGUCUUCCUGUUGAUGUGUGUCGUAAUACUCCAGUUAUUUUAAGAGCUACUGCUGGUCUUCGUCUAAUUUCUGCGCAUAAAGCAGAGAAUAUUUUAAAAGCUGUAUGUUUUUGUUGUUUAAUGUAUUAUUUAUUUUUAUCUGAAGGGGUUUUUUGUGAAGAUUGUAGUAAUUUAAUAGUUGGGUUUAUGAGUCAAUUGAAGCUAGACCAUCAUCGAAAACCUGGAAGCACUGGACGGUUCGAAUCUCACGAGGUGGGAUCGUGGAUGCGCACUGCUAAGGAGGAGUCCCGUAAUAGGACGAAAUGGUCGUCCAGUGCUUCCAGGUUUUCCAUGGUGGUCUAGCUUCAAUUGACUCAUGCUUUCAACUAGUGAAAUAUAUUGAAAAUGCCAAAUUUGACAUCGAAUCAAUCUUAAUUAUUACAUAACACGCCAUUUGUAAUGUUAAGAGUAGUUACAUAUAAAGGGCAAGAGAUAUUACAUGUUAAAAGGUGGUAAGUUCGAAUCAGUGGAUUAAAAUGGUUUUUAAAAACAAGUUCUAAUACAAGAUAAGAAUUGAAGAUAAAAGGAUGACAUGGAAGAGAGUGCAAAUCACAGUGAAGCGGAGUAAGAUUUUUGUAUACUAAUAAAAUUGGAACUGAAAAUGAGAUAACAAGUUGAAUGUAUUUUUUCGCGAUGCGUAGGCUAGGUUUGCUCGAGUUGAUACCAAGUGCUUCAGCUAUAUAGGGUACGACAUAGAUUAUCUCAAACUUGUUUUAAACAAUUACCUAACGCUGUAACUAUUAUGGAUGGAUUUUAUGAAGGUCUAUAUUUAUGGUUGACAUUAAACUUUCUCAAUAAUCGUUUAUCAAAUGGAAAAGCACAAAAGAAUCAUGCAGUGAUUGAAAAUUCACUUACACAAACAAUUGGCACAUUAGAUCUAGGUGGAGGUUCUACACAAAUCACAUUUAUUCCCACUGAGUUAAAUACCCUCAACAAUGCACCUGAUAAUUUUAUUACAUAUUUUGACGUACAAAAUAGUAAUGAUAAACCGAAACAAAAGGUAUUGUUGUACAUUUUAUUGUGUUGUUAUUUGUUCACAUAAAUUUGUGAUUCAGUAUCUAAUUGACUGAAAUCUAUUUCACUUACAUUUUGGGUUUGAUUAAAUGGAUAUAAUUACUGUUACCUUUAGAUUAACUACUAUGAAGCUUAGUACUUUGUCAUGAACAUCUAGUUAGCUAGUGAAUUGUACGUUUAAGUUACAACUGUUGGUUAUUAUAAGUACCGAUUCAUAUGAUAAGAAGCAGCACUUAUCUAUUUUAUGCAGUGAAGUUGAUUAUCUGAAUUGUAUUCAAAUUAUAAAUUCACUUGGUGUUAUUUUACUUGUAUCUUUUCACUGUUAUUUAGGACUCCAGUUGAUCAGUCUCAUGUUGGCAUAUGUGUAUCCACUGCGAAUUGCCUCGAUAUAGCCUUAAGUCAUAAGCUUUUUAAGCAAAGAUGGAUAAUGGUUAGCAGUGGAAUCCUGGGAUGCAGGUACAUCCGGCCGACGAGUCCCAAAUAGGACAAAACACACGUCGUGGAUUCCAUUGCUAGCCACUUUUGAGGCUAUGCCAUAGAAUAGAUUUGCAAACAGCCUUUAACUUUUUCACUGUAGUCAUAUCAUGGGUACAUUAUAGUUUAAAAACGCGUCUUUUCAUCUUAUCUGUGCAUGGUCAGUAAAUUAUGUUUUUUUAAUAUGUCUAUAACUUAUUUAAGUAACCAAAUAAUAUAUUCCAUUCUAGAUCAAAUAUAAUAGAUGUAUACCUUACAGUAAUCGGUCAUUUCGUAGAAACCUAAAUCAUGUUAUUCAAUCCCUAGUGUUAGUCGGUUUUUAUCAAUGUGUGCUAGACGAAAUAUCGAUCGGCAUAAAAACUGGAUCCAGGACUUACUAUUAUUGAUUUCCUCCAACUACUUAUCAUCAAAUAAUUACACUACAAUGUCAAAUCACAUAACCUAGUAGUUUUGUGAUUAAAUUGCGGUAUUCUACAGGUUUGGAUCAGGGCUAGAGAUGAGAUAGUAUGAUACCAUAGUUACUGCCAUUACGAUGGAUUAGAGUGAGCCUCCCAACUCUCUAUGGGGUUAUUUUUACAUGUAUAGCCUGAUGCUGACGGCUUAGUGCCAACUGUUAUGAAACCAGUCUUAUGGUCUCCUACAGAUUGUCCUUAACUAUUCAGUAGUAGUGUGGGUAGUUAUUCACACUUUAAUUUUUUCUUCUUACAGAUCUAUUCACAUAGUUACUUAGGCCUAGGACUAAUGUCUGCACGUUAUUCAAUGUUAUAUAAUGCAACUGAACAUUUCAAGUUAAUUACUGAAGGAAAGAAAGAGUUUUUUCAUCCUUGCUGGCCUAAUAAUGUAACUCUUAAAUGGAAUCACGCCGGUAAAGAUUGGCAAAUCAGUCGUAUGAAUCAUUCAAUGUCUAAAUCUUUAUUAUCAUUUAUUAAAAAAAAAUCAAUUUAUCAUCAUCAAGCAGCAAUUGAACCGGUCAAUGUUAAUGCUAAUAAUAUUGAUAAUGAUCAUCUAAUGUUGUGCUAUGCUUUAGCAGUGAAUGUAUUACAAAAUCCUGUUGAAGGUGAUAUAAAUGUUAUCAGAUAUCCACCAAACAAUAAUAUUGUUCAUCAACCAGUGGAAGUGAAAACACGUGAAUUUUAUGCAUUUUCAUAUUAUUUCGAUUUAGCUGUUAGUGUUGGUUUAAUACAUGAAAAUACUGGUGGAUUUCUUACAGUCAAUGAUUUCCAAAAUGCUGCUGAACGAGGUAGGUAUUUUUCUUCUUGGCUUUUUUUUCAACAAAAAAUUUAUUUUUGUUUUGUAUCCCAUAUCACCAUUGUGUUCGAAAAGUUUAAGUUUUAACCAUUACGUAACUAAUGGUUACUCUGGUUGUCAGAAAGGGCAUCAACCUCGUGACUUCCGAAGGAGACCGGUUUUCAUCAUGAGGCGUCAUAACUCAUCUAAAUGAAGACCUUCUAACUCCCAGGACAUAGAUUAAAUGGUUUGAAUUAUUUUUUCUGGUUUGUGUUUUUUUAACGAGUUACUUUUCUACGGGAUGUGGUCGCUAACCUCAUGCUCAACUCUCUUCCUUUAUCCUGGCUUUGGACCGGAAAUUAAGUGUAGAAGUAACGGAGGUGGUUGCUUCGACUAUGCGACUCCGUAGAAUAAUCUCUUUUCAAAUGAACACUUAUUGACAUAUCACAACUUCCCAAAAAGCUAAACUAAUUAAUUACUGACUAAUGUGAUUACCAAACAUUAUCAAGAUAGAAGCCAAGAACAAUCGUUCUCUAGUUUUAUAUUAUUGUGAAACAUAGAUGAACGAACGGUUUUAUUAAAAAUACCAGGUGAUCAUUGAUAGUAUGUCAGGUAUAUUCAAACCUUAAAAAUGUUUCUUAUUACAAUUUAUUUAUUUAUUUAAACGCAUAAACAUUGGUACAAGGAGGCAACAAAUAGAUAUACGCCAUAUAAAUAAUUCAGUUUAUGGUUUUCUUAGGGGGCCACACCCCGAGCCUUCGACCUAAAGGUUUGAUUCACAAGGCAGUGGAGCAACGUUAGGAUAUGCAGCCAAAAUUAAGUUCAUACGUCUUUUGUUCCUUCAGGAUACUGGAGCCCAUGUACACCAUUGGUUUGGAAUUAGAGUUUCCCAACUCACCUAGGUGAACUCUGUUUCCACCAACCCGGUUGCAGCACUGGACAUCUGCUUUUCGUCCUCUCAACUUCGCAAACAAUAGUAAUGCCACAAGAAGGUAGUGAGUAGGACUUCCCUGGCAGUGGCUGUAUACGCGUGGCCAUGUGAGAGCAUUUGAAGAGGGAUUACUGACUCUCACCACUCUCGGCUGUACCAGGGUAUUACUGAUAUCCAUUAUUUAUUGGUGAUACUAAGAUUUUCCUAACACUCAGUCAUCAUCGUUAACAGUUAUCAUCUUGUGAACGUGAUGAAUACAACUGUACACAUUUUCCUUGUUGUAAAAGCCCAGAAGUUACUUAAGAUUAACCUCUGUUACUUCAGGUUUCAAUGCCACUUUAUUGAAUAUGAUCCUGCAUGAAAAUUCUUACUCUUAAAUCCAAGUUCAUUUCCAGAAAAAGGAUAAUGAACAUUUUUAUACUUAAGAUUUUCUAGAUCAUAAAAUACUUCCUUUGUCACCAACGAGUUGAGUUCAGUGAAUGUUGAAGUUUUCCAACAUUCAUUUAUAGUAUAUUCAGCUUGAUAGUUUAUUAUUUCCAUCUCAAGACCAUAAUUAGCAAUCUCGUUGAUCCCCCAAAUGCCAUGGUACGACCGAGGGUGAGGAUAGUUCGUUCUCCCUCUCGAAAUGCUCUCACAUGGCCACAUGCAUACAACCACUCCCAGGGAAGUCCUACUCACUGCAUUCUCGCGGCAUUACUGUUAUUCACAAAAUUGAGAGGACAAAAAGCGAAUGUUCGGUGCUUUAACAGGCGGAUAUGGAGAAUCCACUUCGGGGAGUUGAAAAUCCCUGAUUUCAAACCAAUGGCGCACAUGAGCUGCCGGAUUCUGAAGGAACAAAUGGGCAUGAACGAAUCAUUGGUCACCGGCUACCAUGUGAUUGCAUCUCCUUACGUUGCUCCACUGCCUUGUGGAUCAGAACUUUUGGUCGAAGGCUUCGGGUGUGGCCUCCUAAGAAAACCACCUGCAUCGGUUUUGGCACCCGGACAGCAUCACAGUCUAUAUGCAAAUCAAGUAAUUUGUGUUGUGCAUAUGUAUUUGGUGUCCCCUUGUACCGAUAUUUAUGUGUUCAAAUAAAUAAAUAAAACCCUUCUUGAUUCUUGAAAUUCGACAAACAUAUUUAGUAGACUCUAGCUAGACCAUUAUCAAUAUUGAAAAAUGUGUGUAAUCAUGUGCCUUAAGUCACUUGAAUUUCCGAUUAGCUUUGAUUUCGAGCUUUAUUCAUUACAUUUUCGAUCACUGAAGUAAAGUUACAAUCCCAUCUCUUUAUAAGAGUCUAAAUGCUCAAUAUUAGUGUCUUUUACCAUCGUGUCACUAUAUUGCUUCAAAUCUCUAUGACAGUAUGGAUUUCUUCAAAAUUACAAAUGAUGUUCUUUAUUGACUAAUAGUAUCAGUUGAUUAUACAGUGGUUUUGAGUGCUGUUAGAGGUAUGAGGGCGGUUAUCACUUGCCGGUUGCCCACACCGUGGAAGGGUUCUUCUGGGGGUACGUGAAAAGGGAAUCGGGUUAGAAGUGGUCUUAGUGACCUGGGAGCGUGACCACAGUGCCCAAGGGACAACUGCUUGAGGUCAGUCACACACGACCUUUUUAUGGGUAAUUUUUGUGUUAGCUUCGUACUUGUUGGGACUUUACCGCCGGAGACGGAUAUCCGUGGGAUAAGGCGAGGUGUGCAUUUUUAGGGUCGACCUUUUCUAACUCCACCCCUCCUUGUGGGAAGGUAGCAUCGCUGUCAUGCUGGUUGUCUGAAGGAAACACCUUACUGCUUUCACACCUCUGUACAGUCAGCAGUACGACUUCGCCUUCGGACCUUGGGUUUGUUGCUUUUAGUCUUACCGCUCUUCAACCGACCUUUCUGACGUGGUAGGAUCUUGAGGAACAGUUGUUCCAGUCAGUAUAGCUCGGUUGCUUCAUCACGAUAGGCAAGCCCGACCACCACGUCGAGGUAGCAACAACGGUCGGGACUAAUAGUACCAACUAGCUACAAAGAUUAUUUUUACUCUUUCCUAUCCAAUUUCUUCAACCAUAUAUCUGUUUGUUUUCUUUAAGAAUACUUAAAUAUUCUUUUGUAAAUAUCAAGUCAACUAGCCUAUGUUUGUUUAAUUCAAUGAUCAUUCUACAUUUAGUUUUAAGGCUAAUCGAUUGAAAUUAAUUAUAGUACAAUAGUAUACACCCUUGUUUAAAUAUUCCAUAUACGAGUGUGUGAAAUUUCAUUCCAGCAAAAUUGAUUAUUUUAUGCGAAUUGUAGAGAGAGAGAGACCACUAAAUUACAUUUCAAUGGUGUUUAGUUAAAAUCAUCUUAGAGUUUUCUUUCUUUCGUUUAAUUAACUGAUAAAAGUAAGGUUAAUUGAUCCUUCGAAACUAAUUGGUUAAUUCACACAUAAAGCUUACGCGUGUAAAUAAUUUACUUCUAUGAAGUGUUGCUAAUGCGUUUGUUAUCAAUAUAGGGAUUUGUGAAGAGAUUGUAGUAUUUUCAUAGUUGACACUACGAGUCGAUCUAAACUAGAUCGUUGUUGAUAACCUGAAGACACUGAACGACCAGAUGGUGGUUGGGGCUAGUCGACAGAAAACCCUAGACCCGGGUUUUGUUCUACUUGGCACUCAUCAGCAAGGUGUACCUGUAAUCUUGAGGGAACUGGUGCUCCCUGACGGAACGACCGUUUUUUCUUAGUGUGGAACUUCUGAUCAAUGCGUAUCUACGAUCCCACACGCAAGACUCGAACACAGGGCUUUCGGUUUCGCGCGCGAACACUUAACGUCUAGAUCACUGAGCCGGCAUCCAGUGGUGUUAAUGUCUAACUUCAAUCAAUCCAUGACCUUGUUCAACUUUUCAUCGAUUGCCUGAGGUAGAUAACUAUUUCACACCUGACAUGGAGUCUCAUACUAGCACAAAACGGCCGUCCAGUGUUUCUGUGUUUUCAAUGGUGGUCUAUCUUAGAUCAAAUUGUGAUUUUAACUAUGAUAAUUCAUUUGUUACUGGUACAUGCUGGGGAAUAUCAAAGAAGAUUUCAUACAAUUGAUUCUAUUUAUGAUGAAUAAGUAUAAAAUCGGAACAACAUUUAAAGCGGAAUAAUAUGAAUUUAUUUUAUUUCGUAGUUUCUCGACAGUUGUUUACAACCGCAUUAGUUUUAAAGUGUGUAACGUUGGAGUAUAAUGUCAUGAUAUAACAGUAUGAAUCGUUGCAUAUAUUUCUCUCAGGUCCUAAGUGUUGAUAAUGAUAGAGAGGCUGACUAAUUUGGACAGUAUUUCAUUGUUCUUUCAUCAUGGAUAAGUUAAAAUGUUCUUUUGUAAUGGUAUAGCCAGUUCCCUUGUUCAAUUUUCGUGAAGUACAAAAACAAUAAGUGAAUAGAUUUCAUCAUUUCACAUAAAAUACAAUCAUCGACAUAUUCACCAAUUUGUAUAAUUAAAUAAAAUGUAAUUUUGUUGUAUAACAUGCAUAUAAAUCAUUUAAAUCAUUAGUAUAUAGUGAUUGAUUAUUCGUGUUUACUGUUUAUCAAUGAUUGAAAUAAGUGAAAGCGAUCAUGAUGUAACCGACCACAUAAAGCG